CUGGGGCGCAGCGCCACCUGGAGGCGAAGACGCGCCAGAGGAAGCUGGGCUGGGCAGCGGGCUCCAGGAGCAUCAGCGCGGCUCAAACCCUCCACAUCGGAUGCUGCUUGACCGUCUGGCUGUUGGAUAAUACAUUAGUGGUCAAAGGUGACCUUGUGACACCAAAAUGAGUCUGACGUCCUGGUUUCUGGUGAGCGGCGGGGGGACGCGUCAUCGUCUUCCCAGGGAGAUGAUCUUUGUGGGGAGGGACGACUGUGAACUCAUGCUGCAGUCUCGCAGUGUGGACAAGCAGCACGCUGUCAUCAACUACGACCCGAACGCAGACGAGCAUAAAGUGAAGGACUUGGGCAGUUUAAAUGGGACUUUUGUCAACGAUGUGAGAAUACAGGAGCAGAUCUACAUCACACUGAAAACUGAAGACAGGUUGAGGUUUGGAUACGAUACCAACCUGUUCACCGUGGUUCGAGGAGAGCUGCACAUUCCCGAGGAGGCCCUCAAGCACGAGAAGUUGAGCAUCCAGCUUCAGCUGAUCCAGAAGAAAGCUACGGGGGCAGGAUCGUCCAAAUCAGAGGAGAAACCUUCUGAAGCUGCAGCGACACACGUGUGUGACAGCAGCGCCACCAAACCCUCAGAGGACGGCAGGGCAGAAGAUAAAACUUCAGGAGACGUGGCGGUGCUAAAAAGAGGAACUCCUCUCUACGGUCAGCCUGCUUGGUGGGGAGAUGAAGACGCUGCUGACCAGAACCCAGGUAGACCUGAAGAAAAGAGCUCCGACAGGAAGAAAGAAAAGGCUGAAACAGAUGCAAAGAAAAGUACCAAGAUCUCAAAGCCCACCCCACAAGCAGCCUCAAACCAAGAGCCAAGCUACUUUGAAAUACCGACUAAGGAAGCAGGUCAAAUGGGAAAAGACGCGUCCUCACAAGAGCAAGCAGCAGCGGCUUCUGGUGCUUCAGAACCCGUCCACGGUCACGCCUCCUUCACCAUCCAGUUUGACUCUGGGGCACCAAGUAAAGUGACUGUCAAAGAUCGAGUGGCGAAAGUGGGGCCCGAGGCCCGGCCAAGGCCUAAAAGUGCUGCUGGAGAGGAGCUGAGUCCACUUCAGACAGUUAUGGUGGCGGCGGAGGUGAAAGUGGCAGACUGGCUGGCCCAGAAUGAGCUGCCGCUGACUCUAAAAGAGACGGUAGCGGAGGAUGAUGGGGAGAGCGUGAAGAGCGAUGUACCAGUUCAUCUGAGGAGUCUCAAAGGCAGUAAACACGAGGACGGCACUCAGAGCGACUCGGAAAACGCUCUCGGCGAGCAGCGGAGGUCCGCAGCCCUGGAGGAGCGCUCGUGGGGGCUUUGGGGCGGCGGCGCUGGGAUGAAGAUCAGAGAAGGUCGUGCAAACGUACCCGAGGGUCUCUUCACAGAGGAGGACAGCCCCGCACGCCGUCGCAAGUCUGCAAACGCAAAAGGGACUAGCAGAUUAGCUGACAGGCGACGUGGCUCGGCGCCACAUCAGCAGAGUGGGCCCGAGGAGCGUUGUCGUCAUGGUGAUGACUAUAGUGACAGGGGAACGUACACCAUUGAGCUGGAGAACGGGGACCAUGAGGAAGAAGAGGCUAGGAAACUGAUAGACAAGGUGUUUGGUGUGGAUGAGCAGUGUGGUUCCAGGUCGGGAAGAACCGGGCAAGGAGAAAGGAUCACCUCCCAGAGAUCUGGUUCUCGAGACAGAGGGAAGCCGGAACGUUUGGAUUCAGAGAUCUUUUCUGAGGAGCUGAUGGUGGGAGGUCCUCGCUGGGUGUCACAGUGGGCCACGCUGGCUGCCAGCCACAUCAGGACAGACCCCGAGGGGUCGGGGUGCGACAGCCACAUGCCCAUGACAGAAGACAGAGCUGGCAUCAGUGAAUCCAGCCACAUAGCCUCAUUCAGCUCCUCUGGGCACACUGAGCGUAAGAGGAGAACCCUACCUCAGCUGCCUAAUGAGGAGGUCAUCCUUGGAAGGAGGACCCCAGGUGCAGGCCUGCAAGUAGAUAUGGGGGAGAAACAAGACACAGAGCUUCAGGAAAAAGAGAACCAAGAUGAGAAGUUUUCCCGCGGGAAGAAUCAGCCUGGUCACGGCACCGGAGGUGUUGGUAGUCACGGCAGCAGCCCCAGUCGCUCCUCUCCUGCCAAAUCGCAGGACAGCGGUGGAGGGAGAUCGGGUGUGCUGACCAGACUCCCCCCUCGUCCACUGACCAGUGGGGAAAAGAGGAUGGAGGAGGCACGGAGGAGAAAAAAGAAUGAGGAGAAAAACAAGGAAGGAACUGGGAAGCCCUUCCUGAGACAGGAGAGUUUCACUGUGGAGAAACCGAGCUCCGGCGUGCCCAUUGAGCUUAUACCGCGUAUCGAUGGGAUUACAGGCAGCAGAACUAAGGAGGCUGAUGUUGACUGUGUCGUUCUGCAGAAAGACUCAGAGGCUGUGGCAGCUUUUCUAGAAACUACCGUUUCAGACCAAGGCGAUCCGCCUAGUCAGUCCAUCGAAGGCUCCGUGUCUCCAGAGUCUGAUGUGGACACGACAAGCACAGUAAGCCAGGCAGACGGAGCAAGGAAAGUAGUCCAGAAACGCCGAGCACUCGCUGGGCAACAGAAGGAGAGAACGGUUGUGUGUUCACCUAACAAGGGCUCCGCUGGGGCCAGAGAGGCUCAGGACCGGAGGGUUAAGAACAGAACAUCUGGUCCUCAACAACCUAGCCGCCCCUGGACGUCUCUGGAUCUCACGGACGAUGAUGUCAACUCCAACUCACUCCUUUCAGACUCUCAGCCGCCAUCUACACAAGAAACCCGUGGCUCCAAUACUAGAGCUCAAACUGGGAGCUCAACAGUUGAGACCAGCACCAAAGGGAACCGGGCUAAGAUCACUCAGACUUCAGCUCCCCCCGCACCCAGUAAAACAGCUAAUGUUCCCAAGCCCAGACCCACUCGGACAUCCCUGUUGAGACGCGCCCGUCUGGGAGAGUCAUCAGAUGCGGAGCCCGCUGAAAUGGACCGGCUUUCAGUGGCCUCUGAGGCCUCCACCACUAGUUCCGCAUCCAGAACAGGGAUGGCGAGAAGAGGAAUGUCUAGGAUAGAGGCUCUGGCACAGCCGAGGAGACUGAGGGUGGGGUCUCCGUCUGCUCAGAGCGACUCUGAGGCCACUGUCACAAGAGGCCGAGGUCAGGGGGGUCGCAGUUCAGCAGGUGAUCACGCCGUCAGACAAGGAUUAAGAGGAACCAAUGUGGGUUUGGUGUCUGGACCCAGAGCCAGAGCCAACAGUGCCUCCAAGCUGCCUGAUAAAAGCAAAGGAACAUCUUCUUAUGGCCAUGUUACACCUGCCUCUGGCACGCGGUGGCGCCGCGUUCCUGUGGAAUACGCUUCCACCUCUGAGGACGAGUAUGGCUCCAAUCGCCACAAAUCCAAUAAGGGUCGGACGAAGCCCUUUCCUUCAACUCGAGUGGCCCAGUUAGGAGGCUCUGCUCCGGCAACACCCAGCCCUGCAGGCCUGGCAGCCUUCCAGCAGAACUCCAGGGACCAGGAGGACCAUGUGAGAGACUGGACAGCCCACAGUGAGGAAAUAGCCCGGAUCAGCCAAGACUUAGCUAAGGACUUAGCCAUGCUCGCCAGAGAGAUCCAUGAUGUUGCAGGAGAGAUCGACUCAGUCAGCCCUGCAGCAGCCGAUCCUGGAGCUGUGCUGGAGGAAUCUAUGUUUGAUGACGGCUUGGAGCCGAGUGGUCCCUCCACAGAGCACAGCGGCAUUCUGGGAAUGAAUGGGAGGACUGUGGAGCUUCGACAACGGAGCUCUAACGAGCACGGCUCCCGAUCGAUCCGCCGACAGACGUGGAACAGAGAUGACGCGGUCCUGGACAGCGUUCUUCUGUCGUCGGUAACCCAACUCUCAUCUAGGAUCCGUCAGUCUGUUGACAAAACAACCUGCAAAGUCAGGAUCCUCUUCAAGGAUAAAGAGCGGAAAUGGGAGGAGAUGGAGUCCAAACUGCAGGCAGAGAACGACUCCCUGCUGCUGAAGAGCUCCAGCAAGGAAAUCUCAACAAUUAUUCAAGACCUGAAGAGAGUGGAAAGGCAACUAACAGUCAUUGACGUGAUGGUGGACCCAGAUGGUACCCUGGAUGCCCUGUCCAAUUUAGGCCUGACGAGUCCUCUAAUUGACCAGAAGCUCAGUCCUGGGACUCAGCAGGGCGCGCCGGAGGUGCAUCACGCAGCAGAAGUGGCUUCAUCCAACACUCGCUCGACCUCCAGGCCUGAAGGACGAUCCAGUGAAUGCUUUGGAUCCUCAGAGCACUCUGGAGUGUCAGAGCGAGACCCAGGGACCCAGCAGGACGCUUCAUCCUACAACUGACCAACCAGUGAAUCAUUUCCUGAUGUGAGCUUUAGGAGAGACCUGACCUGACCGACAGACUGUGGUCUGAGGAUUUUUGUGUUUUUAUGAUGGAAACCAAAGGCAAGGUGUGUGUUGGUUCCUCUGGGAGAAGAUUAAGCUUCAUUAAAGUAAAUGGUGUCGGGUCUACCCCACAUGCUGUCAGAGGGCAGCCGGACAGAUAAACUCCUGUAAAAUCUGAUUUUUGUGCCCGUUUAAAGGAUCAAUAACUCUGCAGCUAAUUCUUAUCAGCAAAUAUCGCUGAAUAUGUGACAAAAUGAUCCGUUCUGAUGCUAACGUUCAACUUUUUAAGCCCUUUUUAAUGCUGUCGCUCUAUCUUUGAAGUAAUUAUUCCUAUUUGACAAUCGUAACGAUAACACGGAAAUCAGAAAUGGUGUCAAAACUGAAAUCCGCUCGUCUUUCUUUCCUGUUGCCAUAAAAUUAUCUAUAAAAAAAUCAAAACAUAUUUUUAUCUUGGUAGUGAUCCAGUUAAUUCCUGUUAAAAAAAAUGGUAAAAAUAUUUUUUAACCUACAAACUUCCCUAACGUCUGUUUUCUUGAGCUUGGGCGCAUCAAAGGCAGGCCGUUUUUACAUCAGCUGAAAGCAAAAGAAAACUAGCGUAGCUCCCAGUGAAGGUUUUCCCCUCUAAACUGCAUUUAGUCACAAGUGGCCUGGAUGAAACCGUCGCUGCAGACCCAGAAGGAGGUGAUGUUCGCGUCUUUGCACAUGUAGGCUCGGAGGUUCUGAUAUUAUCGCUAAAACGUUCCCAGAAUGAUGCGUCUUCAUCACGACUUUUACCAAAAGCAGGGUUAAAGCCAGACGGGGACAGCCUGCAGGUCCUGCAGCUGCAUCCCAUCGUCCAUGACUCACCGUGUACGGACUCACACUGAUGUUUACACCUGGACGUAACCUGAACAGAACAGUUUAAAAAAAGCCUUUGGCCAAGAGAAAAACGUUCAUAAAGAUGAAGAAUCGUGUUCAGAUUUUUAUUGUGAAGUUAAACGUUGACCUAAAUGAUGUCAUUUCCAAUAAAAGGCAUGAUACUCACUCAGCAUUCAAACAAACACGUUCUACUUUAUUUUGACAAAGUUGGGCAGAAAAACACUUUUAGAUGCUGAAGCUGAACUUCUGUGCAUUUUUGGUUCUAGAGAAUUGUCUCAAAGUGAUUCAAGUUUGGCUUUUAUUUGUCAUUGUGUUGAAGAGCUUUACACAAAUAUAAGUGACGGGAUUGUAAAUGCUAAGAUUUUAAUAUUUUUGCUUGCCAUAAAAGCGAAAUGCUAACACAGUUCAACAUGUGAUGACCCAAAUAAGCAGCGCGUACAUAAAACUUUGCAAAAACAUAGUUUGUUGUGUUUUCCCAAAACUCAUGAAGUUCUGCUGAUUUCAGACAGAUUAUUUGUAUUAAUUUUCUCCAGCUGAAUCUGAUUUUUCGGCUUUAGAUCAUCUGAAUCCAUCAGCCAGGAACAUUUAUCCAUCCAGACUCCAUUUUUAGGUUUUAGGAUCAUCACCCAGCAGAAGUAAACCGAAGGUUGAAGAUA